UCUUGCCACCAGUACUCGAUAUCCGCUCUACCCCCAUCGUCAUGUCGGCCAAGAAGAUGCAAAUGGGACGGCAAGCGCCCGGUGGCGUCCUCGUCUCGCCCAUCUCGGUCGCCCACCGCAACCGGUGUCUCGACAGCGACAGUGUCAACCCCGUUCGGGCGCAAUGGAUGGCCAACCUCAAGAAGCGCGCGGACGCGGCGUCGUCGCCGCGCGUCGACGACAAGGCCGAGCCCAUGAAGGCGUAUGGGCACAUUGAGUACACUGGCCGGUCCAGCGUGCGCGUCGAGCCCAAGACGUCGGCGCACGUGGACAUUUUGCCGAAAAAACUCAUCAAACCGCUCUUGAAGAAGCGCCCCAACUGCCCGACAAUGCUCGAGCUGCAAGCCGGCAAGCCGCGGACGCCACGGCGCAAGAUGAACGGCGGCGGCUUUGAGAGCGACAUGCAGAUCCAGACGGGCUUUGGUCCGCUCGAUGGCUGCUUCCCCGGCGUCGGCACGCCGACCGCGCACCACCGACGCGGCCCCGCGUCGCCCGACAUCAUGGACCCGUUCUCGGGCAUCGACUUUGGCCCGUUCGACACGUUUUUGGAUCUCCCAACGCCCAAGAACAAUGGACUGCAGCAUGGCGCGCCGCCGUUUCCAGUGAUGGAGGCGACGGAGCUUGCGAAUGCCUUCCAGCAGCCGCCGCUCUUGGUGCGGGCGACGAGCGUCGAGCAAGAGGGAUUGAGCCUCUGCUUUGAACACACGCACUUGGGCCAGCCGACGCAACUCAGCAGCAACGUGCCGCCGUCGCCGUUCGGGUCGAUGCUUCGGCCGUCGUGCGUUUUUGACUCUACCAAGCACCACCCCGAGUUUGACAUUCUCGACUUCAACGACUCGGACAUUGACAAGGAAGUCGACAGCUUCUACUUUGACGACGACCACGACGACAGCCGCGUCGACCACGACGAGAUUGAGCUCAUCUCGACGUAAACCUUACACCGCAGUACCGUAGUUUCGUAGGACACCGCAUUUUUCCUCCAUGUUGCUAAAGAAAACACUUUGUCUCGUCUCA